UAGAUAAUGAAAAUCAAAGCAAUUUAUUUGUUUUUCACCAUUUCCAGCACAACAAAGCUUUGAUUCUUUAAUGAAUCCUUAUCAACAACAACAGCAAUUUGCUCAACCCACAGGCAUGUCGUUUGCGGAGCCCAUUCAACAUCGCCACAACCCUUAUCAGAAUAAUAGCCAAGGGUUUAAUGCUUCACAUCUUCAGGCACAAAUGACAGGUUUCCAACAAAUACAAACAACAGCAUUUCAACAACCCCAAGCGACUGGAUUCCAACAACCACAAAUGACAGGAUUCCAACAGCCUCAAAUGACAGGAUUUCAACAGCCCCAAAUGACAGGCUAUAGCAGCAAUCCAUUUGGACAAUCAACAUCGUCUUCUUCCUUUGGAACUUCAAAUUCUCAAACUAUGCAAGCAUCCCCUUCAACGCCUUCAAACUAUAGCAAGUUGAAUGCCAUGCUACAAAACAGAGAUGAUGGAAUGGACACCUUUGGUAACACUGGAAAUUUACGUAUUCCUUAUGGUACAGGAUUUGCAGCAACGGGCGCAUUAGUAUCACAGAACAACAAUAAUUCGUUUUCACAGCCAUUUGCUCAACAACCAAGUCGUAAUCCGUUUGGUAAUACAACUCAACCUCAACAAGGACAAGCGCAACAAAAAAGUAUGUUUGAAAUGAUGCAACAACCACAACAACAACAAAUGACGGGAUUUCCCCAAAUGACAGGUAUGCAACAACAGCAACAACAGCAACCUCAAUUCACUGGUCAACCCUCUUUUCUUUAAAAAUAAACAGUGUGUGUGUGGGAACACAAACAGUGUUGUUUGUUAUUAUCAAGAAAUGUUUGAAACUGAGUUUGAUAACAAAAAAGAGAUAAAAUGCAGACUGCGUGUUACACCAAUCAGAAUUUGAGUAUGGCAUCAUGAUAAGAAAAUGAUGUAAAAG